AUGAUUUUAAAACACAAAAAAUCCAAAAGCAGUCCUUUUUGUCCUUCAUCUAUUCCGAGUUGCCCUUACAAAUCACCACCAAGACUUUUAGCGCUAAAAGUUACAAGUCCUAUAAAAGCAAUUGAAGAGAUGAGUAUUAAAACAGGUGAAUAUUCUGUGUUAAGGAAUUCUGCUCUUAUUCUACUGAAUUAAUAGUAAGCAAAAAUAGAAAUAAUUACAAUAUUUUAAAUAAUAUAUUUGAUAUUUUUUUUAUCUAUAUUUUUUGUCAAUAUAUUAUUAUUCCACUCAUAAUAUAAAUUUAGAGGAUUUAGAUAGAAUAAAUCUAAAACCUAGUUCUAUUGUCCAUCUAUUUAAUUCUGCUAAAAUAUAAAAGAUUAUAAAAAAAAUUAUCAUAUAUGUUCCAAUAAAUAAUGAAAAAAUUAUUAUUACUGCUAGGCUAGGAGUUAGAGAAUCUCAUAGGCCUUGUGCAGUGUUAACCCAAAACUUAAAGCCUAGAUCUUAUUCUCAGACAAAUAAAAGACAUGAAAGUUCAUUUGGAAGCUCAACUGAAGAUUCAGUGGAAUUAAAGCCUUUUGUGCAUGUAAGGAAAUAUAGUAGCAAUGAGGGCAAGAAAAAUACUCCACAAUCCAAAGGCUACUGAAUGAAUUUUAAAGAAAAACAAUACAAGCCUUUAUUUUUCAAAAGAAAUCCAAAACAUCCUAAAUCUCUUAAACAUCCUACUCUUAAAGUAUAGCGCCUUCCUAUAGAUGGCGCGCAAUGCGCCAUCACCGGGGCCAUGUCGGGAGAGGGUUCUCCACGAGGAAUGGUUCCACGUGUGGAACCCUCUUUUUCCACGAGCCAAAAAGAGGGUUCCACGAGCCAAAAAGAGGGUUUCCACGAGCCAAAAAGAGGGUUCCACACGUGGAACCAUUCCUCGUGGAGAACCCUUUCCUGACAUGGCCCAGUGAUGGCGCAUUACGCGCCAUCUAAUAGAAUUCGCUAUAUAUUUUUAACAUUAUAUAUAAAGAAUUAUUAUUCUUCUCUGUUUAAUUAUCUAUAAAAAUUAGCAUAUAACUUAUUGUGUAGUUAGGCAAUAUAAGAAAAAUAGAUAUAUUUUAUGAACUAAAGAUUCAAGAAGGCAGAGGAUCUUUACCUGUGAUGAAAAACGCAUCAGGAGGAUGGGAAAGCGGAAGAACUUCUUAUUGGGAAGUCCCUGCAUUAUCAGACCGAGAUAUCCCAUCUCCUUUUUAA